AUGGGAAAUCUUGCUGGCGCCUGCCGCACUUUGAUGUGCAGCCUACAGGUUUUGGCUGGCGGCUCACGGAACCGCGCGCGAAACGAGUGCUACUUACAGACGGACCAACACCGCUUCCUUGAUGCUGCCAAGGCCGGCAACUUCUCACAAGUGCGACGAAUGCUCAGCGAGUCCCCUGAACUCAUCAACUGCCAGCCUGGCGGCCGUUGGUCGGCACUGCACCACGCAGCCUACAAGGGCAACCUCUCAGCCGUGCAGUCCUUGCUUGAGCUUGGCGCCUCCACGAGUUUGCGCACGAGGGAUGGCUUUACACCUGCAGAGGUGGCAGCCUCGAAUGUGUUCGACUACCUGCUGUACGUGUCUCUGCAGGCCUGGAAUGCAGAUGCACAGCCAAGUCUUGGCAGCUCCCAGGUGGUGUGGAUGAGCAGAUGCUCGAUUCUUUGGUGCUGUGGAGAUUCACACCAGACUCAAUUCCAGAAGGUCUUUGUGUGGGCGACGAUGGCCUGCAAUGUCACAUUUGUCUCGAUGACUUUGAACACGGUGAGGAGCUCCGGUCAUUGCCCUGUCGUCAUUCCUUCCACGCUCGCUGCGUGGACGAAUGGCUCCAACAGAAGAGUCGGUGCUGUGCCUCGUUUGAAAGCCGCUUUGUCUAUGUCUGCAAGAGCCAUUGCCAGAGUCUCCUCCAAGACUCCUAGGUCCAAUCUGCCGACGGGACUGUGCCUCAAGCGCUGCAGACCAGAGUCGGUGAGGCUCUUGGGGGGUGACACCGGGCCAAGUAGAGCAAUAGCAGAGCACAUAGUGAGUACAGAUACAGCCUGCUCAGGGGAAACAGAUGUCCCUGACAUGAAAGGACCAAUCUGCCGAUUUGAGAUUUGA